AGUGUUGUCAUUUUUGGCAAAAUAAUAAUGCAAAACUUCCUAAAUCGAUGUAAUUUACAAUCGAACAUUUUGGGGAUUUUAGGAUAAGCACAUAAAAAGGGGGCGGGAUACACUGAACUGCGCGCUCACGUUCAUAUGUGCAGCUGUUCUCUGUUUCACACACACAGAAACGCGCACACACACACUUAGUUAUAACUUGUAGUUAUUACAAGAAGAUUCCAUUUUAUUAUUUGCUAAUUGCUUGUAUUUAUUUGUUUUAUUAUUUGGAUAUAGGCCCAUGCAUCUACACUUCACAAAGUACAAAGCUGAGGAAAAAUAUUACCUGUCUAUGUUAUAUAGUCUUUAAGACAACGAAAGUCUUUAAGACUUUUAGAGACGUAGUCAACUAAAUUCGGAGUUCAAAACAAGAUUUAAUGAUAUAGCCUAAUUAGGUUUUUUCGUCAGUGGUCACAUGCUCAUACUAAAACUAUCGUUGAAAUAUGGCCCUAAAAAUGAACACAGCAGUCCAGAAUAAAUUUUAUAUAAAGCUGUAAUUCAUAGCAAAUAAAAUAAACCAGUAAAAGAUUUACCCCAACCGUGAAAACUGCAAAAGAGAAUUUAAAAAGUAGUGUCAGACUUUUUUAAAGAAAGUAAAUAAAUAAAGGGUAAAUAAUUCUUAUAUGCUAGCUUAUGAAUAUCUGAUCCGAUUAACGCAAAAACCAAUGCGAUUUAGCAUACUCGUUGGUAAACUAUUAUAAACGCGUAACAUUGUGGCUAUAGAAACAUUUCUCCGCUAAAGUUUUCAAAUCCACUCUCGUGCACAUAGACUUGCCACUUAGUUUCCGAUUACCCAUUAGCGCUAUCGUAAUUAUAAAGCUCAUUAUUCCUUAAACGAAACAAAAUCGCAAAGCCUCCCCCACUCAGCACUGUAAUCUUGCUUUAUCAGUGGUUUGAUGAAGAAGAGAAGCUGCCCGUAGUUAAAGCGACUCCGUGCGGCGUGUGUGUGUCUGUGUGUGUGUGACACUGAUGGAUGCGCCAAUGGUUAGACGGACAGAUGCUUGGGCGGAUCUAACGGCAUGCACACACGAGUGAGUGAGAUUGGGCAAAAACAUCCCGGAUCCUUGAAAGACCGCUCUCUUCCCUUUCAAUCUGCCCCUGUGAGCUCGGCGCGCGGACAUUCAAGAGGUUCUGGACAUUUUUAGGGGGUUUUACUGAACGCUGCGACUUCCCGACUGCCCCCCUUUUCCCGAGGACUCGACGCGGUUCCCUCCGCGGUGAGAUGUGAGAGGAGACAGCAGGAGCUCCAGGACAAGACGAGGACUUCAGUGGAGGAGGCAGAGUCUGACAACAACUCACCCUCAGCUAGUAAACAGAGAGGAGUCUCACAGUUCCAAUCUCCUCAUCCAAAACGGACAACUUCGCCAUUUCUCCACUACAAAUGACUUUACACUGACUCCAAUUUACGCAUAAAACUGUCUCUUUCAUAACACUUGCUAUUUUUUGUCUUAAGUAGAUGGACAUAUUUGAAAAAAUGUUGAUCUUACCGUCUUAAAAAGUCCAUUCUGUGAAGAAAACAACGGAUUUUCGAAAGUGACAGUAGAGGAGAGAAAGGCGUCUCGGGAGCGAGAGGAAGACGCGUCUGCUUCGCCCGUUGCUGUUUUUAAAUACCUGCUACAAGCCCCACAAAGAAGGCUAAAAAAGUGCUAUUAGCGGCCAAGAAAGUGUUUGGCAAUAGCUCAGUGAUCCAUGCUCUCGCAGCAGCAGCAGCUGAGGCGCAGCCCGAGUCCAUCCCCUCCUUCUGAUGUGCGUUAUUACAAGCAGGAAUACCCAAUCAAACACCUAUCGCAUCGAUUCUCUCAGCGGAUUCCCAACGCGCGGGGACAAAAUAAGCAAACGAGGCAGCGCGCGGGCGACAAGUCCGUCCAUCUCCUCCUUCAAGCUUUUUGUCUUUCCCCCGGUUUGUUUAUUAUGAAAGAGAUGGACGUUUGAAAGACGGUGGGCACUUGGAGUCUUUGGGAUUUUCACAGAAAGCUAUCGGCGACAGCAGCGCUCGUUUUUUUUUUUUUUUUUUUUUUUGUAUUUUUGGGGGGGCUUUUCAAAUUGUAUGCGAUUACUCAGAAGGAUUCCUCAUGGAUAACACGUUUAUUCGGGCGAUCGCACUUUGAGUGACGCGAUCAUUUCGUUUUCCUUUAAGCUUGCCUGUUGCAGCUUCCAGCGCGGAGUGAGUGAGGAUCGCACUGAGGCACGAGCGGUUUUUCUCCCCACUGUAGCGGCUCGACUCUCCGUCAUAUCCAAAAGACGCGCGGGGGGAAAGAGAGAGAGGAAAGAGGGGGAAAAUCCCGCUUCGUCUUCAUCCUCUUCAGAUCUUGCCGUCUGAUUUUUUGGUUUGAAAACUGCCGAUACAUGUCAGGCGUGUGAAAGCGCCCCAGGUGCCGUGUAUCAGAGCAGAAGCGGAGCAGCUCUCGGGAUCUCAGGGGCUCCUGAAAAAAAACCCUGAAAGAGAAACAUGCCGCGGAGGAAACAGCAAGCGCCCCGGCGCUCGGCAGCAUACGUGCCAGAGGAGCUAAAGGAGGCUGCCUUGCUAGACGAGGAUGUUGAGGGAGAGGAUUCUGCUUUGGAGGAGGAACCUGCCAUGAAAUAUGUGUGCCAGGACAAGGACUUACUCCUUAAAGACAGGCCAGGCUUCCACGACUCUCCACCUGCUGAUUUCUCCAGCCAUGAGAUGGACAGCGAGUCCCACCUGAGUGAAUCCAGUGACCGCAUGUCAGACUUUGAGAGUGCCUCAGUGAAGAAUGAAGAAGACAGCUCGGCCAAGGAGCCCCUCACCUCUCUUUCUUCGACUUCGUCAAUGAUGAUGACGACAACAGCCACACCAAGCAGCGAGGAAGCCACACCAUUAGGCCCAGACAGCCUGGAACAGAUGAAAGCUAUCUACACUAGCUUCUUGACCAACUCAUACUGGUCAUCGCUGAACUUGAAUUUAUCUCAGCAACCACCAGAAAAGCCCCCACGUAGCCACAGUAGUAGCAGCAGCAGUAGUAGCAGCAGCAGUAGCUGUGGUAGUGGUGGAUACGACUGGCACCAGACAGCAGUGGCUAAGACCUUGCAGAAUGUUUCACAGAACCAGAGUAGACUACUGCACCCAGCAUCCGAGCCUAACCUCUUCAGUACUGUGCAGCUUUAUCGGCAGAGCACCAAACUCUACGGCUCCAUUUUCACUGGGGCAAGCAAAUUCCGCUGCAAAGAUUGCAGUGCUGCCUAUGACACUCUAGUUGAGCUCACUGUGCACAUGAAUGAGACGGGCCACUACAGAGAUGACAACCAUGAGACAGACAGUGAAGGUACCAAGCGCUGGUCAAAGCCUCGCAAACGUUCCCUCCUUGAGAUGGAAGGAAAGGAGGAUGCCCAGAAAGUUCUCAAAUGCAUGUACUGUGGACAUUCCUUUGAGUCACUACAGGAUCUCAGUGUUCACAUGAUCAAAACGAAACACUACCAGAAAGUGCCUCUUAAGGAACCUGUAACUCCUGUGGCAGCCAAGAUUAUCUCCUCAGCUCGUAAAAGAGCCCCUAUUGAGCUAGAACUCCCCAGCUCACCAGAUUCUAACGGUGGCACCCCCAAGCCUUCUUUAUCUGACCCCAAUGACCUUCUGCAAAAGACCCCUAAUCCUUACAUCACACCCAAUAAUCGGUAUGGACACCAAAACGGUGCUAGUUAUGCAUGGCAGUUUGAGUCGCGAAAAUCCCAGAUCCUGAAGUGCAUGGAGUGUGGAAGCUCACAUGACACAUUACAGGAAUUGACCGCCCAUAUGAUGGUCACAGGACACUUCAUCAAAGUCACUAACUCUGCCAUCAAGAAAGGCAAACCUAUCAUGGAGUCAAUGUCCACAACAGCUCCUAACCCCAUACUUACUAAUGAAGACAAGGUACAGUCAGUGCCACUUGCUGCCACUGCAUUUUCCCCACCACCUCCUGCACCUCCUCCCCCUAGUAUCUCUCCUGCCAUCAUGCCCAUGGAGAUUAAAAAGGAGGAGAAGGAAGUGGAGUGUACAAGAGAAACAAAUAAUAACAAAGACAAGAAAGCAGCAGAAAGCGAAACUGAUGAGAAGUUUGAAGUUUCAUCCAAGUAUCCAUAUUUGACAGAGGAAGAUCUUGAAGAAAGCCCUAAGGGGGGGUUUGACAUUUUGAAGUCUCUUGAGAAUACAGUAACAUCUGCCAUCAACAAAGCACAGAAUGGCACACCCAGCUGGGGAGGCUAUCCCAGUAUCCACGCUGCCUACCAGCUUCCAAACAUUAUGAAACUCUCCCUGCGCAACUCAGGGAAAAGUUCUCCUCUGAAGUAUAUGUUUUCUGGAGAAGAGCUCCUGUCUCCUACCAAAAGCCAACCUCUAAUUUCACCACCUAGUUGCCAAACAUCCCCUUUACCCAAAAACAACUUUCAUGCCAUGGAGGAGCUGGUCAAAAAAGUCACAGAAAAAGUGGCCAAAGUAGAGGAGAAAAUGAGGGAUCCUGGAGCAAGGUCUUCCCCUCUGAGACGGACCACACCCUCUCCAUGCAGUAGUGAUGCAGGGGAAUCUGCCAGAGGGGAGUCCCCUAAGGAAAGAAGAGGAGCCAAAACCCCUGAGACUAAUGGGGGCGGAAUCACUCACAAAGAAUCAAAUGGGGAUGCUCUUACAAAAGAGUCUCUGGAGAAUGGUACUGACCAUGUUGUCAAAACCCCAGUGUCCACCUUAUGUAGCAGCACUGCUAUUAUAACCGAUCAUCCUCCAGAGCAGCCAUUUGUCAACCCUUUAAGUGCGCUUCAGUCUGUCAUGAAUGUUCACCUUGGCAAAGCUGCCAAGCCUGCCCUGCCAUCCCUUGACCCCAUGAGCAUGCUUUUUAAGAUGAGCAACAGCCUGGCAGAGAAGGCAGCAGUGGCUGCCUCCACUCCAUCUCAGACCAAAAAGACGAAUGACCAUCUAGACCGCUACUUCUACCACAUCAACAAUGACCAGCCUAUUGAUCUGACCAAAGGCAAGAGCGAUAAGAGCAACUCUUUAGGAUCUGCUGCCCUGUCCUCCUCCACCUCCACACCCACUUCAAUUUCACCGUCAUCAACCAUCACCAUGGCCAAAGCCUCAUCCGCUGUGGCUUCCUUCAUGUCUAACUCACCUUUGCGUGAAAAUGCCCUGUCUGACAUCUCCGACAUGCUACGUAACCUCACAGAAAACCAUGCAUCUAAGUCCUCCACUCCAACAAGUCUGUCAGAGCGAUCAGACAUAGAUGGAUCUACACCUGAGGAAUCAGAGGAGAUCUCUCCUGCUCAGAAACGAAAAGGCAGACAGUCCAAUUGGAAUCCUCAGCAUUUGCUCAUUCUGCAGGCACAAUUUGCCUCCAGUUUGCGGCAAACAGGGGACGGCAAGUACAUUAUGUCAGACCUCAGUCCACAGGAGCGCAUGCAUAUUUCGCGCUUUACUGGACUCUCAAUGACGACCAUUAGCCACUGGCUAGCAAAUGUCAAAUACCAGCUGAGGCGGACAGGUGGCACAAAAUUCUUGAAAAAUCUAGACUCUGGCCACCCUGUCUUCUUCUGCAGUGACUGUGCAUCACAGAUUCGUUCCCCCUCUACCUACGUCAGCCAUCUUGAGUCACAUUUGGGCUUUCGGCUCAGGGACCUGGCUAAGUUGUCUGGAGAACAUCUUGUUAGCCAGAUCUCUCGCCACACCAAGGGACUAUCUGAGAAACUGCUUUCAGCCCAAGCGCAUUCUUUGGCUCAUACGAUCGCGAACCCAAGUCCUCACUCACUUUCCCCCUCCCCUUCCCCAGAUGAGGAGGCAAAUGGCACCUCGUAUCAGUGUAAACUGUGUAAUCGGACUUUUGCCAGCAAACACGCCGUCAAGCUCCAUCUGAGUAAGACCCAUGGUAAAUCUCCAGAGGACCAUCUUAUGUAUGUUAGUGAACUUGAGAAACCUUAGCGAUGGCCAAGGACAAAAACUCUCUUAUCUCUUUAUCUCCUGUCCUUUUUUCAAGCCUUCUGACUAACAUUUCUUAAGGAAAAAAAAGAACUGAAAGUAAUUAACAAAGAACUAACUGCACAUAGAUGCCAGAAAACUACUGUUUAGUUUUGGCACAUAAUUUGGAGUUUUAUUUUCCUCUGGGGAACAUUCAUUUGGCUCUAGAGACGUUCAUUUUCUGCAUUUUCAGUUUACAAUGGAAAACAGAGAAAAUGAUGGCAAAUGAUAAUUUUCUAACUGUGCAGUGAAGAGGUCACUGGUAAAAUAUGAAGGUAAAUAAAAAAGACAAAAUGAAGUUGUAUGUAUUUGAAAGUUGUGUAAAUUGAGUUUUUUUGGCAUCCUUGAGAUGCAGUAAGCUGCAUGCAUUAAUGAAUGGUUUAGUUCAAUAUUUGAAAACUAAAUCUGGGCUUUUCUUUAUCUCUCUUUUCUCUUUUUUUAUUUCCAUUUUUAUUGACCUAAAAAAAUUUAACCCUCUGAGUACGCCUAAAUACUUUUAUAUUUACAACCCCCAAACGUAAAUACAUAAAGAAAUAAAUACAAAAGAUUGGAAAUAACACAUUUGAUAUGUAUUUGAGUGGGCAUAUUCAGUUUUUUGUUUUAUUUAUUUUUUAUACCCACUAAACACUACAUACGUCUGAUACAUCACUUCUUUUUCAGCUUGCGGUGCAGAAGUAUACGUGAAUCCAAAAUAGCAUGUUAUUUUUUGUUUUCUUUUUUUUUUAGUUUGCUCAAAUCAGGGGCCUUUUAUGAAUUCAGGUCAGUGUAAAAAUGUGUACAUAAAAAAACAUAAACUAAUUUCUGUCUAAAUUAUGCAUCAUUUUAUAUUUUUUAAUUUAAGAUGGGUAUGACUAUCUACUGGUGCACAAUAUAUGAAGACAUUAAUGAAAGUGUUUUGCACAAUAGUUUUAUAAAUAUGUUAUUUAAUCAGAAGAUAUGAAAAUGCUAAGAAAAAAGAUCACCCUAAAGUUUUAUUUCCACCUCGUGCUCAAAGGGUUAAACUUGUACAAGACUUGUUCCAUCAUUUGACUUAAAUGGUUGUAUAAAAAGAUGAAACUUUAUAAUGUAAGGAGGAAUUCCACGAUGUAACCUUUUUAUUUAUAAACACUCUUGGUUGUUGUUUCAUAUUGUAGAAUGCCUUUUUGAUCGGUAUCUUUUAUUUUGUUGUUCUGUCUAAUUAUUCCUCCAUAAAGCCACACUGCAGCUUCAUCAUUUUAGGGGAUAUGAAAGGUAACCAUGGUUACCUUACCUCCAAUUGACAGUUCUGCUACGUUUUGGCAGUUAAUUUACUGAAGUAACUGACAGCUGCCAGUGAAUGGAAAUCUUAUGUGUAAAAUAUUGGCAUGUUAACAGCACAGGCACUGUUAUGCAUUCUGUGCCGUGUUACCUUUUUUUUCUGUUGUUGUUGACAAUGAAGCACUCAUUAUAUGACUUCAUAUAACCUUUUUUCUACUGCAGCAUUAAAUUGAAAUUGUUUUGGUUUUUUGCAAUAACU